AGAGCCGACAACCAUGAUGCCAAGGGAAUCAUCGAUCUGGUGGCACUGGAACAAUUCGUCGCCUGACUCAUGGAAGGAACAGCGGAGUGGGUCCAGUGCCAUUGCCCAGCAUCACUGGAUCAGGCCAUCGAGCUGGCGGAGGAGCAUAUGGCAGCCGUUCCGACGGCAGGACAGUGUGUCUCCCCUUCUCCCCUCUCUUCUCUCUCUCCCUCUGUUCCUUGUCCUUGCCCCAUUCCCCCACCGCGGAGGCAGGGGCCGGCUCCACCCCAGCCGGCCCGCUGCACCCACGGUGUCCUAUCAUUUCCUACUUCCUUGUCUGUGUCUUCCCCCCUUCAGGUGAGUGAUCUCCGGAACACCGGUGCAGGGAGAGAGCCUGGGCCGGUAUGCUGGCACUGCGGGAAACCGGGGCACCUCCAGCAUCAGUGCUGUGCGAUGGAGGUGGGCGCGGUGGUCCGGAUCCCCAAUGCGCCAGGGACCGCCCUCGAUCAGGCCAGAGCAUAUCGCAUACCGACAGACGCGUCGUACAGAGGACUGUGGGCUGUUCUGUCCCAGGAGGUGGAGGGGGAGGACUGUCCAGUGCUGUACAUCAGCCAGAAGCCGUCGGUGCGCAAGGGCAGGUACAGCACAUUCGAAAAGGAGCGCCUCGCCAUCAAGUGGGUGGUCCUCGCCCUCCUCUACUACCUGCUGGUCUGAACAAAGGGUGCCCUUUCACCCUCUGUUCAGACCACGCGCCCCUGCAGUGGCUCCACCACAUGAAGGAUGCCAACUCGUGGAUCACCCAUUGGUAUCUGGCACUCCAGCCAUUUAAGUUCGAGGUGGUCCACAGGCCGGGGGCGCAGAUGGUCAUGGUAGACUUCCUCUCCCGUCAAGGGGGGGGGAGUCGGCUACAGGCUGGAUGGCUCCCUGGCCUGAGUCGGGCGGUGGGGGUAUAUGGCAGCGGGGCCGUGGCCAAGCAUUGGUCUGUGAAUGGAGGGCGGAGUCAGGGAAGGUAAGUGCUAGGAUCACUGCACCUGAUGGGAAUUAAUCUGUGUUUGUGUGUCUUCCCCAGUGACCGCGCACUUUAAAAGGAGAGAGAGAGCAGAGAAAGGGAGCUCUCUCCCCAACCAGAAGACUUGUGCGUGUGUGGCUGAGAGAUUGGGAAAAGCUGAAAAGCUUAAAAUAAAGAGUUUUGAGAACUCAGUGCCCUGUGAUGACCUGGCA